AUGCUACCAGCCGCUCUUCGACGACGCCUUAAUCGCUUGAACAAUUUCCAGUCGAGUUUCCUCGCUCCUCUGGACGGAGCCGAUUCAACACAAUAUUCGGGCCUGGCUUACACUCCAGAGCUUGACUUUGCUUCAUCGCGCCCGACUUCUGCAGGCAGUAAAGGCUCGACAGUUUCCGUCUCGGCGAAUACCUCUGGCUCUUCGACGCCUGACAUGGAUAGACCGUCCGCUUUGACUACUUACGAAAGUAGCUCGGGUCUGCGCUGGAAUAGAGUGGUGCCUGCAUUCUCACUCCUUCGAAAUGCCGGUUUCGAGGCUCAGCAACCGAACUCGGAUACUCGUCUCGUCCGAAGUCUUUUUAUCGAUGGGGUAGGCUACUUGCUAGAAGCACUCCCUUCGGAUCUGACUGAUGACGAGGCUCGAUCAAUUCACGAUCGACUUCCGGAUGCGAUCAAAGCGAAUACGGAUAAGUUUCCCGGCUCAUCCUCACAUAACAGUCACGUCGUAGCGAACUCGCCGUCGUAUUUGCAUCGGUUGAUUGCUACUGUGAUUGUGUACUGCUUCAUAUUCGCACAGUUAAUCCUCCCGUACGCAAAAGUGUUGUUGAAUUCCAUAUAUACAUACGAGCGGAGGUAUCACGUCACUGAGAGGGUUCUCGCGGCCGCUCUGGAAACAGCCGACGGAGUGGGCAAAGGCGCUGGUAAUAUCGGUUCGACGCUUACGACUUUGAGCGAGGGAAAAUUGUUCUCUGCGCUAUGUACGCUGACAGCCUGGACGAUUGAGUCGGUUGCUGGCGGUGUCUAUGAAGGAGUCAAUGAGGGGCUCGCCAUCCUAGGAACCACGCAUCGGCCGACCGAAGUAGCACGGCAGAAGCCUUCGUAG